CGUAAUCUUCCUCGCCUUCCUCCCUGUCGCCGAGGCCGAGGGGGGGGGAGGGGCGGCGAGGCGGGGAGGGGGGCCCGAGGGGGGCGUCGAGGGCCGUCGGCGCCGAGCCGCGCGUGCGCGCGCUGCCGCCCUCGCGGCAACACACGGAGUAGCCGCGCGACCAGUAGGCGGUCGAGACGACCCGCGCCGCCCCGGCCCCACGGAAGGCGAAGGCGCGCGCUGCCCGGGCACCGUCGGCGAAUCCGAGCGCGGCCGAGAUCAAGAGGAGAGGGAGCGCCGAGGGGGAACGGCGGGGGGGGGGAGACUGGGUCGGAGGACUAGCUGCGCGACAAAUGCCGGGUCGCGGAGUGUCGCGGGUGCAAGAGCAAAGCAGCUGCCGCCCCUGCUCUCCGCCCUCCGGCUCCUCCCUGCCCUCCCCCGACCCUGCACCGCCCCUCCUCCACGCGGCCUGCCUGCACAGCUCAUGCAGGCCCGACAGGGUUGGCGCGGAGGCGUACGAAGACGGCAAGGCGGCGCGCACGCACACAAGCGAUGCCGGUUGCUGCCCUGCGAUUGCCGAGACGGCGAGACACGAGCGCCGAACAAUGCCAUCGGAGGAGUCGGGGACAGGGCAGAGCAACCUGCUGAGACGAAGCCUGGGCGAGGGUAAAUUCGGGUGAUGGCGAAUCGAGAUUCUCUGAGAUCUGGCGGCCAUGGAGGAUGUCUCGGGCGCCGCGGCCUUUCUCAGAGCGUUCUGGAACGCUCUGAGAGCGUUCCAGAACGCCCUGGAACGGAUUUAUCCUCGUCCUAGCCCCGUCCGCCCUACGCACUACGACAGUGUGGUCUGCGCGUGAGGGUGGAGUAGCGCUGGCUUGUAGCGCAGGGGCACAGGAGAGAACGGCAAAACGCGGCCCAAAAAGUGGGGUGCCGUAGCCGCAGCUUUUCGCCGCAGACGCGGACCCAGCGGGGACAUUGCAUGCAGCUUGUAACUGGUCAAAGCGAGACAGCAUGAAUUCGAACACAAUUCACAGGACCUGCUCCACGUGAGCAGGCGGGCAGAAGUUACAGACUCGUUCAACCAACACGAAGAUAGCGAAGAGCCUACGUUUCUGCCGACAGGGGCCAGGGUGCCCGAUGGAGCCGUCCAGCUCGGCGGGAGGACUUACCUUCGGUGGGUCGGGCGUGGCCAGAGGUGUCCCUCGCCCCAGGUGGACUCCUUCGCGCCACUCUGGGGGCCCUCGGGGCCUCGUGAGGGGUGUGCUCUGGAGGCCGCCUGGGCCUCCCAGGAAGUCCCGGGGGCACCUCUGGCCAGAGACCGCGGGGGACGCCUCCAGCAGCACCCGGAGAGGGGGGACGCGCGGAGCGCCGAGCGGGCAGACAGCCGCACAAGCGAGGAUCCGAGCAGCAGCGCUGGCAGGCGGCAGCAGGAGCUGCGUCGGCAGCAGCGUUCACUUCGGCAUGUUCGGCCGCUGCAACUCUCCCUCCUUCGCUCUCUCAGGGUCGGGUCCUCAAACCUCCUGGCGACACCGUUGCUCCGGCUCAACGGGGCCCUCGAGGGGUCCAGACCCCCAAAUUGCCGGGUGUCCUCGGGUGUGCCGCGCGUUCCCGCAGACCUGCCCAAACGCGUGGCUGACCGGGGCCCCCCGGAGCCG